AUGACACCAAGUCUCUCAAUUUUAGACCACCCCACGUUCUUAGUCCCUCCUCAAAACUUCUCUUCCACCUUCUCUUCUCCCUUUUAUUGCUCCCCACAAUUCCUCACUCUCCAAACCAAAAAGCCAUCGUCACUUUCCUUAACUAAGUCCACCAUUAAGCCAAGACGACUCUCGGUAUCAACCUCCCAUUCCCUUCAAGCUCUCAUUUUCGACUGCGAUGGUGUCAUUCUAGAAUCCGAACACUUGCACCGCCAAGCUUACAACGUUGCUUUCGCCCACUUCAAUGUCCGUUGCCCUCCCUCUUCACAUCCACUUAACUGGGACCCAGAUUUCUAUGAUGUGCUCCAGAACCUGAUUGGUGGUGGCGAGCCCAAGAUGAGAUGGUACUUCAAGGAAAAUGGAUGGCCAUCUUCCACCAUAUUUGAAACGCCUCCGGAGAGUGAUGAGGAACGAGCAAAGUUAAUCGACACUAUUCAGGAUUGGAAGACUGAAAGGUUCAAAGAAAUAAUCAAAUCUGGAACUGUGGAACCUAGACCUCGAGUUUUAAGAUUGAUGGAUGAGGCCAAGGCUGCUGGGAAAUUGCUAGCUGUUUGCUCUGCAGCAACUAUAAGUUCAGUUGUACUUUGCCUUGAGAACCUAAUUGGAAUGGAGCGAUUCAAGGUUCUUGAUUGCUUCCUUGCAGGUGAUGAUGUGAAAGAAAAGAAGCCGGAUCCAUCGAUAUAUCUGACAGCUGCCAAGAGAUUAGGCGUGUCAGAGAAAGAUUGCAUGGUGAUAGAGGAUAGUGUGAUUGGUCUUCAGGCUGCAACAAAAGCUGGGAUGUCAUGUGUGAUCACCUACACUUCUUCAACUGCUGACCAGGAUUUUACAGAUUCUAUAGCAAUUUACCCUGAUUUGAGUAAUGUGAGAUUGAGUGACUUGGAGUUGUUGCUACAAAAGGUGGUUGCUGCUAAAUAAUCAAGGAAUUCAAAGUAAGAUCUUCC